AUGCGCAAACGAAAACAACUACGUGAAUCUCGACGAUGGCGUGAACCCCAAGAGAAAGCACUGCGACCGGAGAACAUAAUCGUCAAAGACAGCAAAAUCAAUGAGGAGAAAAAGGCCGAUGCUAUCGAUAAAUGUGGUAUCGAAAAUGAAAUCGCGACAUUUCUAAAGAAGAGCUUUGACGAAAAGCAUGGAGGCAACUGGCAGUGUAUCGUUGGCCGGAACUUCGGUAUGCAUUUGGAGUGUAUCGAAUUCAUUCACAUGUGUUUAAGCAAGAUCUCAAUUCUAUUGUAUCGAUGCUGA